UACUAAUAGAAUGAAGAUGAGGGUGCAAAAUUUAUCAUCUCCCCUAUAACCCUUUUUAAAACUAUUCUGAAGCAUCUGAGGGAGGAGAAUUCAUCAAACAGUGUCACUGAUUACAACAAUAUAUAAGAGUAGUUAGUAAUAAGAGAGGUUCAUAGAUCUUCAUUUAAAUUCUCUCUUGACUCAUCAUGUGGUCCUCUACUCUAUAACCAAACCAUCCUGCCUACCCAGUACUAAUGGAAUUUUUGUUGGCUCUGCUGCUAACUACAGCACCUGAAACAGUGAAAUUUGAAAGCUCUCUUUUCUUUUAAAAAAAACCUUCUUUUUUUCUUUCUUUGUAGUACUAUGGAGACUAGAGAGAGAGAGGACUGAAGUUCUAGCCAGCCAGGUCUCAAUACAUUGUGUUCAGUGUUUUCUGUUCCUUUUUCUUUCUGCUUCAUCAUCUUCAUGGAUCCACAGUAAUUCACCACAAAUCUUGCUUUCUUCCUCUUCAGCAUCUCCUAUUUAAUUAACUUCCUGAUGGAAAACUUUCAGAAUUUGAUUUUGAGACUCAAGUUUCAGUUUCUAAAGAGCUCCUUUCUCUUCUUAUUCUUCUGAAGAACUGGUGCUUGUUUUAUGUUUAUGUCCUAGUUGUUAAAUUGAUAAAUUUCUCCCCCUAGAAGGUUUAGUUUCUGGGUCUUAUUCUUCUCAUUUUUUCCAAGCAGAAAAAAAGUCCUUUCCUUUUCUCUUUCUUUGCUUUUGAAAUCUGGGUGUUGUUGUGAAGAGUUGUUAUUAGUAGUGCUACUGCUGCAACAUGGCAGUGAUGGAUCUUUUUCAAAACCCAUCUUCUCUCAAAUCAAACAAAUUUGAAACAUCCGUGUGGAUUGCAAAGCUUGUGCUCAUGUCCAUGGGGGUUAUCUCCACUCUUGUUUUGUUGAAAGUGGCAAUAGUCCCAUACACAUUCCACCUUCUUCUCUCAACUCUUCCUCAGUUUUGUGUCUCAGUUAGAAGCUGGCUAACACUCCCAUUCCUCUACAUCAUUGUCAACUUCAUCAUCAUCACCAUUGCAGCUUCCUCCAACUUCCCCCCCAAAAGCAAUAACCACCCCAAAACCUUCUCUGAUCCUAAGCACACAACCACCACCAUUUCAGACACUGUCAGCCACCCAACUGAGUCAGAAAACCAAACCAAUGAACCUAAGGAAGAAGAAAAGGAGGUUCAACAACAACAACAAGAGGUGGUUGAAGAAGAAGAACCAGAAGAAGAGGUGGUUGAAGAGUCAGGUUUAACCUAUGACAAAUUCAUGAUCCGACCAUUACUUGAAAACUGCACCAACGAUUAUUUCCUUCCGGAUUCAGAUGGUGAUGACACACUUGAAGCUACAUGGAGGGCUAUUAUGGAGGGACAGGGGAAAACGAUGAAACCACAGCUGAAGAAGAGUGACACAUGGGGUGCAAGGAUUGCCAAAGCAGAGCCAUUUCAUCGCAAUGGGGAAGGUGGUGAUGAUGAUCCUGUGGCUUGGGCUCAGAAGGAGCUCAAAAAAUCUGACACUUUCAAUGAUAGAGCUUCCUUGAGAAGGGACAAAUCCAUGAGUCCAGAGGAAUUGAAUCGCAGGGCAGAAGCAUUCAUUAAGAAGAUCAACAAUCAAAUGAAGCUGCAGAGGCUGGAGUCUUACCAGCGUUUCAGGGAAAUGGUAAACCGUGGUGUUUGAUGUGACCAAUCUUUAUCUUUUUCACCAGUCACAGUGAAAAUUUAGCAAAAUGAUGAGAAUCUCUGGAAGUAUAUUAACCAUUUUGGAGGACUUGCUGUGUACAUAUUUUUGCUGCUGAGACUGUGUGAAGAGGCCAAGACAAGUAUCAGACAUGGUGUACUUUUUUUUCCCUUGUCAAGUUUCUUGUGACAUAGUAGGCAUAAGUUAGUUUCUCCCCAAUCUGUUGUGCUCUUUCUUUGAUCAAGAUCUUUGCUCUACAUGCAUGUUCUACUAAACUAUUCAGAAGUCUAGUGUUUCUUAUAUUACAUAAUAAUGUUUGUAUUGGUUAUGUAGUUUGAACCCUAGGUAGCAUUAUGAGGGGAUUAUUUAAAAUGGAAUGUACAAUUUCUUCUAUUCUAUGCAGACCUAAUAAUUUACCAGUUAAUUCAGCUUUAAAA